GAUAGAUAGAUAGAUAGAUAGAUAGAUAGAUAGAUCAUUAACAUUAUUUAUGAUCAUUUAAAAUGUUUUCUCAGCGUCUAUUCUAAACCAUUUCUCCCCGCCACUAAAGCUUCAUUAGCCCUAUAAUGAACAUUUUUUCCCCCCAACCAAAUUAUCCCAUUACGUCUGACAUAAACAACCCCAAAAGUGAGGCCUCCCAUUGGCUGGCCGCAGGGUCACGUGGCCCGCGCGGCCGUCCGUCUAUUUGACAGCCGCAGGAUGGCUUGAUGCCAGAGGGGGAGAAAGAGACAGAGAGAGGGGAGAGAAAGAAAAAUUAGUAUUCUCCUACCAGCCUCGCUAUAAAUCAAUCAUGGAGUCCUACGUGGUGAGCUGUAAAUAUGCUGAGCCGCAGUUCCCGCCUUGUGAAGAAGAUUACAGUAAUUUUAGUGACCAAGGGGGGUAUUACAACAACCCCCAGGACAGUGGUAGUUAUGGAGGAGGCUAUCAGCCCGUGCAGCCCCCUCCGCCUCCAUACACACCACAACAAACCGGCUAUCAACACUCUUUGCAGGGGCACCACCGGGAGGAUGGAGAGGACCACCGCGCAGUGCAGCAGCAGCAGCAGCAGCCCCACCAAGGUGCGCCUUUCCCCGGCUACAGAGAGACAGAUGUGCCCGGUAAGGAGAGGUUCAGCGUGGGUGACCUGCAGUGCCAGGCCUGGAUGACCUGUGCAAAGCCCGCUCAGGUGCAGAGGAAAGCGGCCUGCCAGGGGAAGGACAAGCCGCCUAUUGUUGUCUACCCGUGGAUGAAGAAGGUGCACAUCGCGCAUGUUAAUCCGAACCACGUGGGUCCGGAACCAAAGCGUCUACGGACGGCCUACACGCGCCAGCAGGUUCUGGAGCUCGAGAAGGAGUUCCACUUCAGCCGUUACCUCACGCGCCGCCGACGCGUCGAGGUGGCCCACGCGCUCUGUCUCACCGAGCGGCAGGUGAAGGUGUGGUUCCAGAACCGGCGCAUGCGCUGGAAGAAAGACAACAAGCUGCCGAACACCAAAGGAAGGAGCAAAAACAAGAAGGACAACAACAACAACGGCGACAGCAACGUGAAGACGGUGAUCACCGUGUGAGCAGGCAGCAGCCGUGUCAGCACCUUCACUCUCCAAAUCCACGAGGCUUCUUCCAGCUUUUAUUUUGAAGUCUGGUCGUUGUUCCUGAUUUUGUUGUUGUUGUGAUAUUUAAUGAAUUAAUGAAUGUUCCCGAGUCCUCGUGUGAACUCGGAGGUUCCAGAUCUCAUAUUUGGGAAUUUAGGUUCAGAUUUUUACGCGCCUCGUCAAACUUUUACGCAUCGCGAGGAGAGAGAGAGAGUGUCUUUGUUUGUGUGUGGAGAAAACAGGGUUUGAUUUCUACAGGGUAAAAACAUGAAGAAAUAAUACAGGGUUCUUUUUUUAAAUAGCUACCUAAAUAAAAAAAAUAAAAAAAGAUUAAAUAACUUAUGAAUAUGCACAUUACCAAAAUGUUGUUUUCCACAAACUGGCGCUUAAAGACGCAGAAACAGAAGAAGAGAAGCAGCGCGGCUCAGCUGCACGACGGUUUUUUAUUAUUAUUUUGUACAUAGAUCCCCCCAGAAAAUGAAAAAUAAAAACAUGCAGAUGUUGUAGGAUGAGUAGCCAUAUCGCGCAGAUAAUUUUUUUAAUCUCCAAAGUUUCCAGUAAAGAGGUUUGUGACGCACGGCGCGGACAGAUGUUCUCAGGGUUACAGGGUUUGUUUGUUUCCUUCAGCACAGAAAAGAUUCUCAGCUUUUGCAUCCUCAAAGUUCUCCAGUUUAAUAUGCUAUUGAUCUCUUAUUAUUAUUAUUGUUGUUGUUGUUAUUAUAGCCAGUACUUAUUUUUAUUUGUAUUAUCUAGAAGCAUAUUUUAUUCU